UCACGAUGUGCAAUGCUACCCAGCCAGCUAAACUACUUUUGAAUGCCGCUCGGUGCAACUCGCUGAUUAGUCCCUGGCUACGACCUUAAAACUUCACAGUCGAGGAGACAGCGGUCGUGUUUCCAAGUUGGAAAGUUUCGGUGGAAAGGCAGGACCGACUUUUAACCAAUCAUUUGGGCUCUUGUCAGGAGGCCGGGCAGUAUUGCGUGGCGUGCGCCCCCUCGCCUUCUCCACUUCAGGAUCCACCAUGCAGCGCUUUAUCCCGUUGACCAUAGCACGGCACUGGGCUCUACGGAAGAAGCUCAACACACUUUGCCAUCGACAGACAGCGGCCAUGUCUACACUCCUCAUCAACCAGCCCAAGUACGCCUGGCUCAAAGAAUUAGGGCUGCAGGAAGAGAAUGACGGUGUCUACAACGGGACUUGGGGAGGAAAGGGAGAGGUCGUUACAUCGCACUGCCCGGCUAACAACGAACCCAUCGCCAGAGUCCGGCAGGCUACCCUGGCGGAAUAUGAAGAGACUGUUCAGAAGGCAAGGGAGGCCUGGAAGGUCUGGGCUGACAUCCCAGCCCCGAAGCGAGGGGAGAUCGUGAGGCAGAUUGGCGAUGCUCUGAGGAAGAAGAUCAAAGUCCUGGGGAGCUUGGUGUCCCUGGAGAUGGGGAAGAUCUACGUGGAGGGCGUGGGGGAGGUGCAGGAGUACGUGGACGUCUGCGACUACGCCGUCGGCCUGUCCCGCAUGAUCGGGGGUCCCAUCCUGCCCUCCGAGAGGCCGGGCCACGCCCUGAUCGAGCAGUGGAACCCCGUGGGCGUGGUGGGCAUCAUCACGGCCUUCAACUUCCCCGUGGCUGUGUACGGCUGGAACAACGCCCUCGCCCUCGCCUGCGGCAACGUCUGCCUGUGGAAAGGGGCACCCACCACUCCCCUUACCAGCGUGGCUGUGACAAAAAUCGUGGCAGAGGUUCUGGAACAGAAUGACCUUCCCGGUGCAAUCUGCUCCAUGACCUGUGGGGGCGCUGACAUCGGCUCAGCGAUGGCGAAGGACGAGCGGGUGGACCUGGUCUCCUUCACCGGCAGCACUCACGUGGGCAAGAUGGUGUCUCUGAUGGUGCAGGAGCGUUUCGGUCGUCAGCUGCUGGAGCUCGGUGGGAACAAUGCUAUUAUAGUCUUCGAGGACGCGGACCUGAACCUCGUGGUGCCCUCCGCAGUCUUCGCUGCCGUGGGAACCGCCGGCCAGCGCUGCACCACCACCAGGAGGCUGAUGCUGCACGAGAGCGUUCACGAUGAAGUGGUGCAGAGGAUAGCCAAGGCCUACAAGCAGGUCCGCAUCGGGGACCCCUGGGACCCCAGCACGCUGUACGGACCCCUCCACACCAAGCAAGCCGUGGAGCAGUACAAGGCGGCCAUCGAGAAAGCCAAGCAGCAGGGAGGCACCGUGGUGUACGGGGGACAGGUGAUGGAUCGUCCCGGAAACUACGUGGAGCCCACCAUCGUCACGGGCCUGGCGCACGACGCCGCCAUCGUGCACACGGAGACCUUCGUGCCCAUCCUCUACGUCCUCAAGUUCAAGACGGAGGAGGAGGCCUUCGCCUGGAAUAACGAGGUCAAGCAGGGGCUGUCCAGCAGCAUCUUCACCAAGGACAUGGGCCGGGUGUUCCGCUGGCUGGGACCCAAGGGCUCGGACUGCGGCAUCGUGAACGUUAACAUUCCAACCAGCGGGGCAGAGAUCGGAGGAGCGUUCGGGGGGGAGAAGCACACAGGAGGAGGUCGUGAGUCUGGCAGUGACUCCUGGAAGCAGUACAUGAGGAGAUCAACAUGCACCAUCAACUACAGCAAGGACCUCCCAUUGGCCCAGGGAAUCAAGUUUGAAUGAAGAGGAGCCGCGACAAUGCCUGCGAGCCACCAACAGGGGGCAGCACACUAUUAUUAAUUCCACAAACCAUAAUGCACAGGAAAUCGAGUAACAGAUAAACACUUACUGUGAACAAAUUUUGUCGGGGUGGCAGGUGACUGCGUCAUGAAACUAUGCAGAGCUGGAGCGGACAAACAGAAUAACCAAUUUCACAAUGAGAGUAGGUCAAGUCAGUGAUUUUUUUUCCUUCAAUGAGCAUCAUGGUUAAAACCCAAUUCCUACAGUGAAACUCAUUGCAUUGAAUGCGAUUUGACAGUUAGGUCUGCAAAAUAGAAAUCAAUCGUCCCCUUGUGUUUGUACGGAAAUACUGGGAGCAUAGCAAAGGUCAAAUAACUAACCAGCCUAACGGUUAAACAUUCUUUCUCUGGUAAUUGUACCUUGUGUGUGUGCUCUUUAUAAAUAAAUCUUGCCUUAUUUUG